AUGGCGGAUGAUCUUGAUGCCGAGCUGCUCGCUCUUGCGGGUGACACCUCAGAUGAGGAGGCGUCUUCGCCCCCCAGGCAGAAGGAUGCUUCUCCUUCUGCAUCUCCCCCACAUUCCCCUGAAGGGUCGUCAACCAUGGGUCGCAAAGGAACUGCUAAGCCCGUGCGUCGGGGUCGAAAGUCACGGAAAGACGAUGAGGAAGACGGAGAGGUGUCCGCGGCUGAAUCCCACAACUCUCUUGACUCGGCCAGCAUGGUUGAAUCGGAGUCGGCCUCUGAUUCGGAAGGGUCAGAUGCCGGUGCUGAAGACGAGGGACCCAUCUUUCCUUACGACAAGUUAUACUAUUCCUCCAAGGACAAAGAAGAGAUUAUGGCGAUGCCAGAAAUCCAACGAGAGCAAAUUCUCUCCGAACGAGCGCAACAGGUUGACCGCCACAAUCAAGAUCUAGCCCUUAGGCGCCUUUUGGCUUCCCGUGAGCGUGAAGAAGCCCGCCAAGCGAAAAAGAACAAGCGGAAAGCCAGCAUGGCAAACCUGGAGGAUGGCCAACGGAAGAGCUCGCGCCAGAAGACAACUCUUGGUGGUCGCAAGGUCGGCGAGACCUCCGAUGCUAUCGAGGCCUACAAGCGACAACGUGAGCAGAAGGGCAGACGGGAUGAGCUUCGGCGCCGUGAACCGGCAUCCAAGGAUCACACCGUUCGUUCGAGGGAUAAUAGGGUUUCAGACGAAGACGCGGAAGGAGAGAGCGAUGCGGAGUGGGAUGAUAGAGAUCGCUCGCCAUCGCUACCCAAAGAUGAUCCGCCUGCUGAGCUGAAGGAUAUCCAGCGAGCUCGUGUAGGUCGGACCAAUUUCGCGCAGGUCUGUUUCUACCCUGGAUUUGACGACGCUAUCUCUGGCUGCUACGCACGAGUCAACAUCGGCCCGAAUAGGGAAACUGGCCAGAAUGAGUAUCGGCUUUGCCUGAUUAAAAAAUUCACUGAGGGUCGUCCGUAUUCUAUGGAGGGGCCUAAUGGCCGGUCAUUCGUGACAAAGCAAUAUGCUGUGCUUGCGCAUGGGAAAGCGGAGCGGGAGUUCCCUUUCGUUGCUUGUUCAGACUCUCCGUUUACUGAGGCGGAAUUCAAUCGUUAUCGUCAGACCAUGGCGGUUGAAGACUGCAAGAUAGCUACAAAAUCCACGCUAGCCGAGAAGGUGGUGGAUAUCAACCGGUUGUUGAACCAUAAGUUCACCCCGGAAGAGUUGACUGAAAAACUGCGAAAGCAAGGAUCACUGGACUCCAAGUCGACUAUUUUCAAGCGCAUCGAAACCGAAAAGAACCUGAAGCUUGCGAAGGCUGCGGGCGACGAUGCUGAAGUUGAGAGAUUAGAGUCCGAAAUGGCCAGCAUGAACACACCAAAACUUGCUUUCAACGCGAACUCUUCUAAACCCCGUGCAGACAAGCCUUCAGAGCAUGAACGUUUGUUAGAGCUGAACCUCCGCAAUCAGAGACUCAACACCGAAAAUGUGCGCCGUGCUCAACUGGAAGAGAGAAAGGCCAGCCGAAAAGCCGCUGCAGCAGUCGCCCGCGGAGAAGCUCAGCCAAACCCGUUCAUGCGUGUUAGAACACAUGCCAGGACACAUUACGACUCCAACGGCAAUGCUACAGCACAAUCAGAAGCAACUAGUCGAGAUGGAACCCCUGCCACUGGGUCCGACACGCCCUCAAAAGUAAACACCCCCAACGGAAGCAACACCCCCUCUGGCUCCCAGAAGAAACCCACCAAGGGUGGCGUCGCAACAAUCCGUCAUCGCAAUAUGGACGAUGAGAACAUUGCGGCUCUAGAUUUGGACCUUGAUAUUGAGAUCUGAUCCUCGGCAAUGCCUUGCGACAUGCCGCUGUUCAUGACCUGUAUUUUAUCCUACGUACAGCUCUGUUUAUUGGAUAGCCAACGAUUCCUUGAUGACGUAUAGACUCUUGGAGAUUGGGCCAGCAACAAUAUCCCUCUCCCCAACCGCAAAGCAUCUGGCACAGCGUCGGUUCUUGUAUUUGAAAACGGAUGGAGUUCACUUGGCGUUACAUGGCCCUACUACCAAUAUCUUGCAUGAACAUGUAUUAUUGAACUAUUAUUACCUACUUUAAACCUGAACUCCAAGCAUAUUACCAUUGUCUGUCACUGUUCAUAUAGCGAGAUGUCUCUGAAUAAUCUUCAAUAAAAGACUCAAUAUCCAAAGCCCUUUUCUUUCCAGUGUUACAUGAGAGUCUCCGAUGAAGAUA